AAUGCCAUGGCCAAUCGUGGAGCACAGCCACCCACACCGACACCAUUAGUAUGUCUUGGCUGUGAUUGUGCAUGCUUAUGCAUUAACAGCCCCAACGCUUUGACACACUCCUUCUCAGAAUCUGUUCGCCUUGAAGGGGAGGCGCGCUGGAGUGGCCGACACGGGGAUUAAGGAGAGCGAGAGACUCUAAACGCAGCGUUACAAGGACCGUGAUACCUAUGCACCUCCUUAAAAAUGGAUUUUACCUCGCUUGUUUUGCUUCCCUGCUGCGUCUCCCGGAAUAGAAAGAAGUGCCGGCAGAGCACAAGCUCAGCGCAGACUUGUGAGCUGAGGUGGAAUUUGUAAGAAUCUCUUGUUUUGCUCUCUCAUAUUCUUGAAUGACGCUUAACUUUUGGAUUCUCAUGAGUGGCUCAUUCAUGCUCUUCGCUGGGGACAGAUGGAUUGAUGAUAAAUGAGACAGUUUGGAAUUUUGUGAAAACAACUCUAGGACAUAAGGACACAUCUCCACAGGCAGAUGUUUCACUUCUGGAUCUUCAUCUAGUUAACCCGCUUUGUGAGUGGUUUGUUUCCAAAGAGACAGCAGCAUCCGGAGCUACUUUUCAUUUACUUAGCAACCGGCACCAUGCCCAGCUCCGGACCUUUUAGGAGCUCCAACGACAGCUUUCCGAGCAACGGCGCUUGGAACAUUAGUGGCGGCGGUCCGUGGUUGCUCGCCUUCUUGCUGAGUGUCAUCAUCCUCGUCACCGUGUGCGGCAACGUGUUGCUGAUCGUCUUGGUUUUUGCUCACCGCUCUCUCCGGUGCACCUCUAACUGCUUCUUAGUGUCCCUUUUCCUGUCUGACCUGAUGGUGGCGCUGGUGGUCAUGCCCCCCGCCAUGCUCAAUGUGCUGUGCGGGGCCUGGGUGCUCUGGCCGGCUUUCUGCCCUGUGUGGCUCUGCUUUGACGUCAUGUGCUGCAGCGCCUCCAUUCUCAACCUGUGCGUGAUCAGUUUGGACCGCUACCUCUUCAUCAUCUCGCCACUGCGCUACAAGCAGAGGAUGACCCUGCCUCGGGCGCUGCUGCUGGUCGGAGCGGCUUGGGGGUUGGCGGCGCUUGCCUCCUUCCUGCCCAUUGAGAUGAAGUGGCACAGUUUAGGCCAUCUGAGCGGGCAGCCUUUGGGUCCAGGAGGCCAAAGCACCAACAUCAGCUCCUACUCGGACUUGCUGUACCCGGCGUCCUACUUCCAGUUCCACGGCCUUUAUUUUCAGUGCCGCCUGCAGGUCACCUUGCCCUUCGCUCUGGUGGCGUCCUUUCUCACCUUCUUUUUGCCCUCUAGUGCCAUCUGCUUCACCUACUGUCGAAUUCUUCUAGCGGCUCGUAGGCAAGCCAAGAGGGUCGCGGCCCUGAGCCACCCGCCGCACCCUCAUCCCUCUCUUGGCGAACCAUCUCGGCCUCCUUCACUCGGUGAUGGAGCCCACCAAGAUGGAGAUGACUGCAGUCAUCAGGAAGCCCCGGUACCACAGAAUGCGCCGCCAUCAGUGAACAGUGAGCGCCAUCUGGCUCACAGGCAAGGUCGGAGGGCACUGAAGGCCAGCCUGACGCUUGGCGUUCUUCUGGGACUCUUCUUCUGCACUUGGCUACCCUUUUUUAUCAUCAACAUGGCUCAGGCAGUGUGUGAGUGUGUCCCUCUGGCGCUCUUUGACGCCAUCACGUGGCUGGGCUACUGCAACAGCACCAUGAAUCCCAUCAUCUACCCGCUCUUCAUGAGGGACUUCAAGCGUGCACUUGGGAAGCUCUUGCCAUGUUCCUCCUCGCAGUUGCCGAGACAACCCUCACCAGCGGUUUCCCUAUCCCUCCGCAACUCGGGAGAACCCAACAUUUGCAGCCAGCCCCCGUCCCCUCUGGCCUCGGAUGCCACCCCUCCGCCUGCCACCGCUACAGACGCCGUGAAUUUGCUGGAAGCCGAGCAUGCUGGAAGUGAGCUGCAUAUUCUUCUUCCCAAUCAGGUAGUCACAUUGAAUUGAAUGACUGAAAGGGUGACCACUAACAAGCUAAGACAUUUUGCUCGUCCAAUUGUGACCUCUAAUGACCUUUACCAGUAUAAUAUUUCCCUGCUACUGUGUAUGUUUCUUUCCAAGCGAUUGCUUUUAGCAUACGCUCAGUGUAAUACCCUCACAUGUAAAAAAGAACAAAGACAGUCGCUUACAGUUUUAUUUGUAAGCUGUUUAUUUAAUCGCUGGGGGAAGAGUAACACAAAUACACUCAGAGCACAGGAAAAUGGAAAAUACUUUGAUGGCCACAGUUCUGAUCUAGACACACGCAGACUUGUCGACAUCAUAACACACCAACCCACCAGUUUUUCUGGACUGCACCCCCCCCACACACACACAAUAAACAGCGUUUCACUGUAAACUGCAAAUACAUUGGACAAAGGUGACAGUAACACCAUGAAUUGUAAUAUAACAGUAAAUAACAGCAUAAUUGGACUUUAGUUCCAUUUACCAAUAAACUGUAAUUAAAGUAAAAGGAAUGUCGUUUUAAACAAGGUUUCAAUCAAAAACAUACAUAUUGUUUGAAGUUACUUAAAAAAUUGUGUCGACUUUACUUCGAUUCAUUUUCUAUACCGCUUGUCCCCACGGGGGAUCGUCAUUUUUUGAAAUUUUAGUGGUU